AAAAUAGUUUCUUCUACUAUAGCAAGAUUAUGUUAGUCCAGAAAUACAUCUGAGUCCUGGAAACUGAGGAUCUGCAGCUUCUAAACACAAUUUAAGGAGGAUUUAUUUCAAGUAUUUUUGCUUCUCCAUUAGGUACCAGGGAUUUGCCUUCCAAGCUGUCAUCUUUUAUUUGAGUGUUACUGUGCCCAACAAAGUUUAGCCUCCCCCAUGACACUAAAAUCCAUACUCGCUAUUUUGAAGACAAAUAUCGAGACUUUGAAAAAGAAUGUUCUGUAUCCAGUGAUAUUAAGAAGGGAAGAACAGUUUGGAUACUUUUGUGCCAGCUGAUGCUGCUUAAAACUGAUGCCCCUUAAAAACCACAGAGAGAAAUUUGGAUUGGAAGAGACCUGGAGGUCCAACAGUCAUUAAAACAGGGCAAACUUCUAAUGGAUUGCUCAGGGCCUGGUCCAAACAAGUUAGGAGCUUUCUCCAAGAAAGGCAAGUCCACAGUGGUUAGUUGGGAAUUUGGUGGUUUCACGGAGUAUUUUUCUGUGCUGCUGCAUAGAAAACAGAGCUUGGCUGUGCUUUUUGGACUCCAGAAGCCAGGAAUGUUGCAGUCAGUGCAAGGAUGACAAAGACAGAGGCAGCCAAAGUCAAGAUUGUAUUGCAGGAUUCUGUGGAGUUCCCUAAGCAAGAAAAAAGGUGAGGAGCAUUACUUGAGUGCAGCUCUGCUCAGUUUAGCAGAGGAAACCUGACCCCUUAAGCUCAGACUGAUUGGACAGUUAAAGUAGGUACUGCUUGGGGAAAACUGAAUUUUCCUGUACUUCAGAGCUUUUCUAUUCCCUGAAAUCUCAGAGUUACUUAUGUUCAUUUAAGCUUAAUUCCUAAAUUAAAAAUCCUAGGGAUAAUAUAAUUAAAAGAAAGCUUAGAUCUUCACUAGUUUUUUCUGAAGUAAUUUUGUUAAUCACUUAUCUAUAAUUCUCCAUGGUAACACUUAAGGAGGGGCCUGUGGCAGCUUGAAUAGUCUGAUUUGCAAAAGCAAUUGAGAACUUCCCAGAUGAACAGGUCAUUUACUGUGAGGCUUAUGGUUUUAAGUGAAUGCAAAGGGAAUCUGUAAUGAGUCCUUAGAAACUGCCUGGGAUUUGAGCCAACAGGAGUAGACAUCUCUGCCUCUCCUGUAGGGGUUAUUCUUGUCAUUGCUUCUGGGUAAGUCAGCCUUACUUCUGUCUCAUAAGUAAGGCCUGUCCUGGGGGAUGCCUUGUGCCUGAGACAGAAAUGAGUUCUGUCUUUGUAAAAACCAACUGUUUAAAUGUAUUUUAAUACACUAGUGGAUAUCAGGGAAUCUUGUAUGAAAGUAAGCAAUGCUAAUCCCCUGCUUAUCACAUAGUUUGAGCAGGCAAGGGCUCUUUUUCAUAUUUUAUUUCAGAAAAAAACCACAACUGUGAUUAAACUUGAAAUUCUUUUAAGUCCACAGCUGUUUAAAGCAUUGAAUCUGUCCCUUUGGAUCAGAUUAUUAAUCCAGGAAACACAAGCAAUUCCCCUUUGAGAUCUUGCUAAGCAGCAAUCACAUUUUAAGAUCAAUGAAAUGCUCAAUAUGUCCUGCAGUGUGUCUGGAUUCUUCCAAUAAGUAUCUUACCCUUGGUGCUCUCAGAGCUACAGAAUCACAGAAUAUGCCAAGUUGGAAGGGACCCACAAGGAUCACAGAGUCCAACAUCUAAAUCUCUUCUUUUUUUAGUUUAAGUGCAUUCCCCUUUGUCAUAUCCCUACCUGCCCACAUAAAAAGUCCCUCUUUAAAAAGCCUCCUUUAAACACUAAAAGGCUGCCAUGAGGUCUUCCUGGAACUGCCUUUUCUCUGGGCUGAACAACCCAAACCCUCUCAGCCUGUCUCCACAGGAGGGGUGCUCUGUGUUAGAACCUGCUGGAGUUAGAGCUUUGUGGGUGUACAUUUCUGUUCAUUUAAGUGCAAUGUUAAACUGAAAAAUUUGAUGCACUGUCACUCCUCAGCACCAGCCUGUUGUCUCUAUUGUCUAAUUUUAAUGUAAUCUUUUGAUCUAAAUAUAGGGAUUUGAGUGAGAUGUUCUUGAAAAUGCAUAAUCAUUCAUCUUGAACUUUAUAAAAUGGCUGCUUGUUUCAUUUCAUAAAGAUUUCUCAGAACUUGCCACAGUUUUUACAGAAAAUCACCAGAAUGAAGUCGCUUUGUAAGCAACUGAGGUUACACAGAACAGCCUUGGUUUCUUCCUCUCCUUUUGCAAGAGCACUACAAAGCCCUCCUUGCAUUUUUCUCUUUAGUAAUCCCUUUAUACUCCAAUCCAUCUUUCAACCUCUGUUCAACAAUAAGGCAAUAUCUGAGUAGGUGAAGUUACAAUCAGAUAUAUGCACAGGCAGGUGGGCAGACCUUAGUCAGGAAAGUAUCUCCUGAACUAUCCCAGACUUCCAUAGCCUGACUUUGCAGCUGAUGUAGAUAUUUGCCACUCUUAGAAGUCCUGGGCAAUGAUUUAUGUUCAGUGUCAUCUGCCAAGGAUCUGGCCAAAGGUUUUAAAACUUUCCUUGUAUUACAAUUGAAAAACUCACACAUGAACCUCAUUAGGAAGGAAAGUAAAUGAGGUGCUGACCUGAGCUAAACUGUUUUUCUUUGCAAGAAGAAAUGACAGUGACCUGCAUCCUGUCUGUCCUGUGUCCAUUCCCGUGCUGCUUUUACAGCACUCUCUGGUAAGCCUGGCUGCAGAUGUACUGCACAGUGAUGUAUUUCCAUCAGCCCCUCUGGCUUGACUUCCUGUUCUUGUCAGCUUGGAUAAGGAGGGGUUUUUUAACUGAAGUAGCACAAAAAGCUGCUGCUUCUUACUUGGAUGUCUCUGAUCAAAAAGCUUACUUUUGUGAUGCUAAUCUUCAAACAUACCAAACCUUAAGCAGAGAAGCAGCAACACAAGGAAAAGCGUGAAGCUGUGGCUCAGAGAAGACUACAGGCUUCUGUUUCUUACUGUCUACUUGAUAAUUAAGGGCAUUUAGUAACUUGGAAAGCUAAAAAUUGAUGUGGAAAAAGUGGAGGAUAUGAAAUUCCUUAAACCCAGAAGAAGCUAAAGAAAGACUGUGGCCAGCACUCAAAAAAACCACCUGAACAGGUGCAUGAAGAGGAACAGCUGGAGUUGGUAAGCUGGGCACCAAGGCCUUGUGCUUCAGUCUUUAAGGUCUCUGAGAGGGGAUGAUGAGAACUCCUAGAAUCUUUAAAGUCCUUGAAAACGCUGAGAUAGAGGGAUCCCAACUCCCACCUUUGUCCUGCUGUUCUCAGGCAGACAUUUAGUGCAACCCUUGGCAAUCUGUUGGCUAUAGCUUUAGUCCAGCACAUUACAGGCCCUUUCUAUCCCCUAUAGAUAACAGUGUGUGAAGGUUAAGCAGCACUUCCAUGGGAAAACACUCUACUGCUGUGAGAGGGGCUGUUUCAACAGCCCAGACUUCUAAGUAAUAGUGAAUGUCUGUGGGGAAUUUAGUGUCUGACUCUCCCAGCACCGAGUGCUGCUUAAUAAAUGGGAAAGGUGCAAAACUAAAACCAAGAGAAGGGAAUAUGUAGCUGCUUUUCACUGCAGGGGAACAUGUAAAGGAACUGAGAGUCAAGAGAAAGAAAUAGGCCACACUUACAGCAUUUAUGUACUGACACUGGUACUGCUGCCCUUUGAGGUUUUGGACUAACAGGAUGUGAGCAGCCACAACAAUUUCUUCCUGAAUCACUCGACAACACUGUGCUCAGACAGCCCUACCUGUCUGCUUGGAAUGGGACCAUUGCAUGUGUGUGUGUGAGAGAGAAAGAUAAACAAACUUCUACUAGCUGUGCAGUCCUUCCAGUGGUUUUGCUUUUAUCAGCAAACUUUAAAAUUCCUCUUCCUUCCAACUUACCAAGAGUUAAAAAAAAAAAAAAAAAAAAAAGAGUAUUGUGUUCUUGUCUCUUCAGCAGGACCCUGAGGUGUAUAUUGGAUAAGUGUGAUUCAGCUGACCCUCUUACUACACACAAGCACUUCUGGCUUGGCCUGUUGAAUCCUUUGCUAGUACCUCUUCAGACUCACAGCCUUCUUACACACUGACAAUUCAGAGCAAAGGGACUUAAUGUUCUUUCCCAGAAGAGCAGAACAAGAGUCCCAUUCUCUUCCUGGAUGUAACCAAAUGGUCAGCUCCCACAGAAGCUGUGUGGCAAGGUGGGCUGGGUGGUAAAUCACUUGCCUUGGCUCUGUAGUUUCUGUAAAGAUUGCUUAAACAAAAGAUUUCAAUAGCAGGAAAUUGCCCAAGCUGGCCAGGGCUGCACAGACUUCACAGAGCAGGGCUGGUGACCCAGCAUUUUAAAAUGCAGCAUGUGACACAGGCAGGGAGGCUGGAAGGGUUUGUAGUUUUAUCCUUUGCCUUUAUCCAGGCUUUUUUGUUGUUGUUUUGUUUUGGUUUUUCUUCCCAUUAAGGAGGUUGAGUAAUUUUUGCCAGGAGCUUCUCAACUCUGAAUGUCAAUUCAGAGAAAAAAUGCCAGGUCUUAGGUAAGUUACUUUAGAGCCCAAGCUUUCAUCAAUACAUAAAGCAAAAAGACAGAGAGAAAAAUCCUGAGCCCUGCUGCUUGCCAACAGUCUGCUGGUGACUGAGGAGACUCAGCCCACAAAGUAAAUGAUUAAUGUUUCGUUGAAGCAGUCAGUGUCAGGGCCAGAAUUUAAAGGUGAUGUUUCUGAGACUUACACUGCUAAACCAGCCACCUUCUGCCAUGUGGGCAGGAGACACUUCACUGAUAAAUCAACCUCUGUGUUUUCCAAGACAAAUAAAAGCCCACAUGCUAAACCUCACAGAUAAACACACUGGCAGACAGUUGAGAACUCCUACUGUGUGUUUUAAAAUUGGAUUUGCACAAUCCUAUUUCAAUCAAACAUUGACUAGGAUGUGAAUGAAAGCCUUUUACCCUGCUUGCACAAGACCAUUUGUGGGCUCUGCCAUCAGAUCUUUACAAGUCUUGCCUAUAAAUUUUCCCUUUGAUGAAGGUUUUUUUCCCCAGGUUUUCCUGUCUCACAUAUUCCUUUAAUUGCUAGUGACAUAGCAAGUCCCGUGGCUUUAUUUUUAAUGCACUACUAGGUAUUUCUUCUGUACAUUUUGGAUGGUUUAGAAAGAAUCAGAUGUUGAGCUCUCUGACAGGUCUCAGGAUCUUGCUUUGGGAGACUUGGGGGAUUUGAAGUACUUUGUGCAGUUGCCUGUGUGCACGAGCUGGUCUCAUAAAGUAAAGAGUGAGGGAACUGAGGUUUUAUUUAUUGACAGUUUUGAAGGGUGUUGGACAAAACAGUGGAAUACAAACAAUUGAUCCAAUGCAUUUUGCCUCUAAGGCAUAAAGUUUUUAUUGAUGUCAUCCAUGAGAAAAUCCAUUUAUCUGCCUAGGAAAUCCAUUUAUCUGCCUAGGAGGAAUCCAUCUAUCAGAAAAGAGUGGGAGCAGUGUAAAUGGAGCAGUAAUUUGUGUUUGUUUGGCUCAGUGUUGCUCCCUGUGCUAUUUCUAUUCUGGUGUUUCCAUCUUCAAUGACACUACCAACUGAACUGCCACUGUGAGCACAUUGGCAUCUUUCCACUGUGCACUGAGCAUUAGUAAUGGCUCUUGGCUACCCAUUAAUUUGGAGGUGGUUGGUGCUUCACCAUCUUACUGAUUUCCAGAAUCAUGAAGAUCCAAAGUUGUUGCAGAUUUUGGUGUUCCAGAUCCAGCAGCAGUGAUGAGCAAAGUUUCCAUUCUCUCACAGCAGCUCAUAUGCUGAAACAUGCUAUUUAUGCUAUUUAUGCUGCUUGAUCAGGAAAGCAGCUUCUGAUUACAGAUGACCUUUUGAUUUUUCAGUUUAUGCUCUGCUGCUGUACAAUGACACUACUCAGUGUUUGCAUUUUUAGCCUGUGUAUUGCUGUUGUAUUGCUUGCCUUUAAUUGAGGUCAGGUCAGAUAAGGAAUUUGGCUGCAAACCUUUUGAUGUUGCUGUGAAUCUGAUUUAUUUAAUUCAGACAGGAAUUUCACCAAGCCUUUCUCUCCCUUCCCUUCCUAGUUCCCUUGUAGUAGGUCAGAUACAGUGAUGAUAAGCAGCAGUGAAAAGCUUUGAUAAUAGUGAUGAUAAGCAGCAGUGAAUCAAUCUUUGUGUGUCAUUUUUCCCCCUAUACCAUUUUCAGUGUUGAGCCAUUUAGAAAACUGUUUGAAGAUUCAUUAAAGGAGCCAAUGCAUCUUCAGGUGCCUCAGGGUAAGCUAGUUCCACCUUAAAAUCUUAUCAGCUAUAUGUGGAUGCUGGCAACUUAAUCCCUGUGUCACACAGCCAGCUCUUGGAAAAACCAUCAGCAAGCAUCACCAUCCUUCCAGGCUGCCUGUUUUAGCUGUGGGUGCCCAGCAGGCAGCAUGGAGCAGAAAAACAGCCUCAUUCCUCUGUUUCCCUGGCCAGUCCAGGACCAUGAUUGUAGGCAAAGAAAGCACUGCACAGCUUCCAUGCUGAUCAUUCCCUCUACAAGAGUGUCCCCACUGUCCACUUGUUACUUUGCCAUCCCUCCAGAACUGGCCUGAGCUAUGAUGCCUGUGCCUCAAUUCAGAGAUCUGCAGGUACCAGAUGGUUUCCAGAGCUGUGUCACCCUCUGACCUUGGCAGUGGCAUCAGCUGGGCAGCAAAAGUCCCAGGGCUGCGUUAUCCUGUAGCAGGACAAGGGGCUGAGUCGUCGUAUGGAGCUGUGGGCUGGUACUUCUCACAUGGGUUGCAGUGGAUGGUUGUGUGCCUUAUCUGCUUCCUGUUAGUGCAGGAUAUAUAACAGGGCUGGCUCUUCAUCAUGCAGGCUCUCCCUGUAGGAUGAAGGAAGAAGGAAAGCACAACUAACAGCACUAAAAUUACAGCUGCUAUCACCACCCCUUUUGUGUAAGGGGUCCUGCCUGUAAAAGCAUGAAAAUGCAUCCUCCUGGAUUGCUGUUUUUCUUCUUAGCAGCAUGCCUCACUCCCACAGCGGACUGCCAGAGUCAGAAGUUAAAAUCCAUGCGAUGCAAUGUCAAGACGAUGUUUACCUUGAACACAGCGUGUACUGCUUGUGCUGCAGCACCUAAAAUGUUGUGUCCAAGAGGCUGGUUAAAGACCACCCAAGGAUUAGGGGUGAGAGACUGCAGGUACUCUGUCAAGUUAGGAGAAAAUACCCUUUCCCUGCCAGGGUGUCAUCACAUAUGUAAGAAGGAUAUUGAGGAGAAAAAGUGCUGUCCAGGAUUCUGGGGUACAGAGUGCUAUGAGUGUCCAGGUGGCUCUGAAAAUCCCUGCAAUGGCCAUGGGACGUGCUUGGACGGGAUGCAGCAAAACGGGACCUGCAUCUGCAAGGAGCAAUACAGUGGGUUUGCCUGCCAGAACUGUCGAGAUGAAAAUCGUUUUGGCCCAGACUGUCAGUCAGUGUGUGACUGUGUGCACGGGGAGUGCAACAGCGGCGUCGCUGGGAAUGGGAACUGCACGUGCUAUGGAGGCUACACAGGCCCCAGGUGUGACCAAGAGCUGUCCCUGUGCAAAGGCGUGACGUGCGAGCCCAACAGCGAGUGUGUGGUGAGGGAUGGGACUGCAGAGUGUGCCUGCAAGCUGGGCUACAGAAAGCUUGGGAGCACUUGCCAAGCUCAGGAUCCUUGUUCUCCUUCUCCAUGCUCCCCCUUCGCUGUAUGUAAAGCUCUUGGAUCACGAACAUAUCAAUGUACCUGCAAAGAAGGAUAUCAAGGAGAUGGGAACAUUUGCCAGCCCAUAAACCCUUGUGUUGACAACAAUGGGGGCUGCCCAGAAAACUCUACAAUUUGUGUUUACAGACGUCCAGGAGAGGCAACUUGUGCUUGCAAGCCUGGGAUGAGUAAGAGAACUCCUUCGUCCGAGUGUUCUGCAUUUCCCAAUGAUUGCCGGCAGUAUUUUUGCGACGUGACUUCCAAGUGUGAGAUUAAUUCUCAGGGGAAUCCUAGCUGUGUGUGUAAAGAAGGGGAGAUUGGAGAUGGGAGAAGCUGCUAUAAGGAUCUCUUGGGUGAAAUAAAUCAGCUCAAUUUGCGAGGAAGGUUUGCUAGGAAAUUUAACAUCGCCAGGAAAAUGUUUGCUUCUGGUUGCUCAACGUUGCUGACUAAAUACGGGCCCUUCACAGUCUUUGUACCAUCCCUUCUUCCCAUUCAUGAUAGAAUGGAAUUUAAUGACACCACUGCUGAGCGGUUGUGCAGAAUGCACAUUGUUCCUGGUCUGCACUUAAUAGAAGACAUGAUUAAAACCAAGACAAUGUGGACCUUGUCAGGACACCAGAUGACAUUCACGAGCCAGACAUACAUCAAGUCAUUUCGAUAUCAAGACCUGCCGGGGGAGCUGUACAAUGUUCUGCACUCAAACCUGCCAGCAGCCAAUGGCAUCAUGCAUGUGGUUAACACUCUGAGGAAAAAAACCAGCACUGACAACCUCAGCAACCCACAGAAAACCAUUGGUGAGAUCCUUGCUUCGAUGGAGAUCUUCAGUAGGUUUGAAACUAUACUGGAGAAUUGUGGCCUGCCUGCAAUCCUGGAUGGACCAGGCCCUUUUACUGUAUUUGUGCCCAGCAAUGAUGGUGUGGAUAAGUUGAGAGAUGGAAGGCUCAUUUAUCUUUUCACAGAGGGCAUAAAUAAGCUUCAGGAACUCGUGAGACAUCACAUCUACACUUCAGCAGCGGUGACAGUAGAUAAACUGAUGACAAUGCCACAAAUUGUUACUAUGGCUAACCAGAUACUUACCAUCAACAUCAGUGCAGAUGGAAGAAUUCUGAUGGAUGAAUCAGGGAUCCCCUUAAACAUGCGAGACAUUGUGGCAUCAAAUGGUAUCAUUCAUACCUUGGAUGGCAUCUUCAUCCCCCCCUCAAUAAUUCCCAUUUUGCCUCACAGAUGCAAUGAAGAGCAACAUAAAAUUGUGACGGGCUCUUGUGUGGAUUGUGAGGCCCUCAACACCAGUAUUUGCCCACCUGGCAGCACAGAAAUGGAACCAACGCUCUUCCCAAAAGAAUGUGUCUACAUCCAUGAUCCUGAAGGCCUGAAUGUCCUGAAGAAGGGAUGCGCCAGGUACUGCAAUCAAACCAUCACGAAACCUGGAUGCUGCAAAGGAUUCUUUGGUCCAGACUGCAUGCCAUGCCCAGGGGGAUUUUCCAGUCCAUGCUAUGGCCGGGGAAAUUGCAGCGAUGGCAUUCAGGGGAAUGGCAACUGUCACUGCUUUGAGGGUUUCAAAGGAACAGCCUGUCACAUCUGUGCAAACCCAAACAAGCACGGCGAGAACUGUGAUGAAGACUGUGGUUGUGUCCAUGGUGUCUGUGACAACAGGCCUGGCAGUGGUGGUGUGUGUCAGUCCUGGUCCUGUAAGGAGGGAUACACCGGGAAAUUCUGUGACAGGACAUCCAAGAACUGUGGCCCGAGUGGGCUGUCCCAGUACUGCCACCAGAACGCUGUCUGCAGCCUCAACGACACAGCAAGGUGCAUCUGCAUGGAUGGAUACGAAGGUGAUGGGUUUUCCUGCCAGCCCAUCGACCUGUGCAGUCAGCCAGAACGGGGAGGUUGUUCACAGAAUGCCCUGUGCACCAGUACAGGCCCUGGCACUGCCACCUGCCAGUGCAACGUGGGCUGGACCGGGGAUGGGAAGGUGUGUGUGGCCAUAGACAACUGCAUGCUGGAGAGCAGAGGGAACUGCCACCUCAAUGCUGACUGCAUCUACAUCGGCCCUGGGCAGAGCAAGUGUGUCUGCAAGAGGGGUUAUGCUGGGGAUGGCCACAGCUGUGAUGCAAUCAACCCCUGCCUCAUGGACAACGGCGGCUGCCACGACUUGGCUACAUGUGUGCCCCUUGGUGGUGGAGAGAGAUCCUGUGUUUGCUCUGAAGGCUACAUGGGGGAUGGCAUGACGUGCUACGGGGACAUUCUAAAAGAGUUGGCCAGGAAUUCCCACUUUGCGGGUUUCUACAGCUGGGUUAAGAAAUCUCUCUUCAGCAUCCCAGCAGGAACCAAUGUCACUGUCCUGGUGCCAUCAGAGGCAGCUAUCAAGAACUUGAGUGACACUGAGAAAGAUUUCUGGUUGACCCCCUACAUGCUGCCAUUUUUAGUCAGGGCCCACUUUCUGGAAGGUGUCUUCACUGCUGAAAAGCUCAAAAAGUACGACGGGCCAGAAUUACCCACUCUCAACCCACAGACCAGAUGGCAGAUAAACACCACGAGCAGUGUAUUAACCAUCCAGAAUGCAAGUAUAGUUGUCAGUGACAUCCCUGCCAGCAACGGCAUUAUCCAUGUCCUCAGUAAGGUUUUGUUGCCGCCUUCAGGAGAUGUCCCACCAAGUCCUCCUGGGCUGCAGGAACAGCUUGAGUCAGUGGCCUCAUUCAGCACAUUCAAGGAGUUGCUAGAGCAAUACCAGCUCACUGGGAAGAUCGAGUCCUCUGAAAAAUACACCAUUUUUGUUCCUGGAAAUAAUUCCAUUGAGGAGUACUGCCACACUGCCAAUGUGACCCAGUUGGACAAUGCAACAGUGCAGUACCAUGUUGUACUGGGAGAAAAGCUCUCGCCCACAGAUCUGAGAAGUGGAGUUCAUAAGAACAGCAUGUUGGGGCUCUCCUACUGGCUAAUGUUUUACCAGAACAGCACCCAGAAGUUUGUCAAUAAUAUUCCUUUGGAUGGAAAAUUCCUUGAGACCAAGAAUGGAAUGCUGGUUGGGGUGUCGCAGGUGCUCCAGAUACAGAAGAAUCGUUGCACUGCCAACACCACCACCAUACAAAAGUCAAGAUGCGGCAAGUGUGAGAAGGGGAUCAAGUGUCCUCCUGGAUCAGUUCUUGUGGAGCUGCCAGGGAGCAAGAAUCUGGCUCGCUGCGAGCUGCGCUCCGGGGAUGCAGGGAUACUUGGCUGCCAUUUCACCUGUGCAAAAGUUUCUCUGAGGUCCAUCUGCUGCCCCGGCUACUACGGACACAUGUGCGAGAUGUGCCCAGGGAAGCCAGGCCAGUGGUGCUCCGGGAACGGGGAAUGCCAGGAUGGCAUGGAGGGCAGCGGAGAGUGCCGGUGCCUGGAGGGUUUCCACGGCACUGCCUGUGAAAUGUGUGAAGUGGGACGAUAUGGAGCUGACUGCAAAUCAGAAUGUGCCUGUGACAACGGGAUAUGUAACGAUGGACUGCAAGGGGACGGGAGCUGUGACUGCUUCCCAGGGUGGAAGGGCCCCACCUGCCAAGAGAGAAUCAAGACUGACCUAUGCAAUAACACCUGCCAUCAAAUGGCCAACUGCCUCAAUAGUUCCACAGAUUCCCUACCUAUGUGCUUCUGCUCUGCUGGAUACACAGGGAAUGGGACCCAUUGCACAGAAAUAGAUCCCUGCACUAUGGACCAUGGUGGCUGCUCUGUGCACGCUGUGUGCACCAAAGUGUCCCCAGGAGAGAGGACCUGUGUCUGUAAGGAUGGCUACGCUGGGGACGGGACACUCUGCCUGGAAAUUGAUCUCUGUCUUGAAAGCAAUGGGGGCUGCCACACCAACGCUGAGUGCAUCAAAACAGGCCCAAAGAAGGUUGCCUGCAACUGUCUUCCUGGUUACAGUGGGGAUGGUGUGAGCCAGUGCAACCCCAUCAACCUGUGUGAACAGAACAACGGAGGCUGCAGCCCCUUUGGGCUCUGCAAGUACACGGGGCCAGGCACUCGGAACUGCUCCUGCUCCUGGCACAGCGUUGGAGAUGGCUUCACCUGCCGUGGCAAAGUGCAUCUGGAGCUUGGAAGAAUUCCAGACUCAUCCGUGUUCUUUAGGAUGAUACAGGCAGAAAACAUCAAAGAACUCAGUGGGGCAGGGCCUUUCACUGUCUUCGUCCCACAGACAGAUUUCAUAGGAAACACUACAACAUUUGAGGAGUGGAAGAGCAGACGUCUCCUCCGGGACCUGCUUCGCUACCACAUGGUGGGUUGCCAGAAAUUGCUCUCCAGUGACCUGGAAGCCCAGGAGUCCCUCACAUCUUUAUCUGGUCACAAAAUAAAGAUCACAGUGAACGAGAAUAGCAUCUUUCUCAACGGGGAAGCCAAGGUGGUCAUGAGUGACAUCAUCGGCGUGAACGGGGUCAUCCAUUUCAUCAACAAGAUCCUCAUUCCAAGUGACCUGGUGGACCGUAACAUCUCCUCCAAGCUCUCAUUGCAGAACGUCACGGAGGUGGCAGAGGCCUUUGGGUACAGCAUUUACAGCAAGCUGCUGCAGGAUGCGGAGCUGCUGCCGCUGGUCAGUGACCCCCUGCACAGGCCCUUCACGCUGCUGUGGCCCACGGACGCCGCCUUUAACGCUCUCCCCGAGGACAGGCAGAAGUACCUGUACCGCAGGGAGCACCGGGACGUGCUGGCCUCCUACCUCAAGGCACACAUGAUCAGGGACACCAAGAUUUUUGCUGGUAACAUGCCCCAGGUCGAAACCAUACGGACCAUGCACGGCUCCACCAUCUCGUUCAGCUGCAGCAAAACCCAAGUGGGGGAGAUUCUGGUGGGGAAUGGCGAUGCCACCAUCAUCCAGAGGCACAUGGAAUUCAGUGGGGGCAUUGCUUAUGGCAUUGAUAGACUGUUGGAGCCACCAGAUCUGGGAUCUCGGUGUGAUAAGUUCAGCUUCACUGAGCUACAGGGAUCUACAGAGAGCUGCGGACUCUGUGGCUUCGAGCCACCCUGCCCUGCUGGCUCCGUUCAACGGGGGGAAACCAGGCGCUGCUACUAUUACGGAAACCAGCUGCUGAGGAACACGUUCCUGCUUCACCGCAACUCCCUGUUGCGGCCGUCGUGGCCACCACACUCCCCGUGGGACCCCUUCAGGAGACACUUCUCUUCCAGGGGGCCUCUGAGACGAGGCUGCAGGAGGAGCUGCGUUUCCAGCCAGUGGAUCCCACAGUGCUGUGCCAACCACUACGGCCGAGACUGUCGGGUGUGCCCGGGGGGGCUGGAGGCGCCGUGCAAUAACCGUGGGACCUGCGACGACAAGAUCGGCGGCUCGGGGAGGUGCAACUGCAGCGAGGCCUUCAUCGGGACCAGCUGCGAGCUGUGUGCGCCCGGCAGAUACGGCCCCGAGUGCCGAGAGUGUAACUGCACUGAGCAUGGUGUGUGCAAUGCGGGGCUGCACGGUGACGGCUUCUGCUUCUGCGCCGAGGGCUGGACUGGAGACCACUGUGAAAUCAGAACAGUGGUGACCCCCACCUGCUCCCCACCGUGCCACCCCCAGGCCGUCUGCCGCGCCGGCAACCUCUGCGAGUGCGACCUGCACUACGAGGGGGACGGGAGAGUGUGCUCAGUGAUCGACAUGUGCAGCCAGGACAACGGGGGGUGUGCCCGGCACGCCCAGUGCUCCCAGGUGGGUGUGAACGUCUCCUGCGCCUGCGAUCCCGGCUACAGCGGCGACGGCUACGUGUGCGACCCCAUCGAUAGGUGUGCGGACGGCAGGAACGGGGACUGCAGCCAGCACGCCUCCUGCAUCAGCACCGGCCCGAACGAGCGGCGCUGCGAGUGCAAGCAGGGCUAUGUGGGAGAUGGGAUCCAGUGCCUGGAAGAGGUCGUGCCCCCCACGGAUCGGUGCCUGGAGGACAACGGGCAGUGCCAUCGGGAGGCCAUCUGCACUGACCUGCACUUCCAUGAUAAGACCAUGGGCGUGUUUCACCUGCAGUCACCCCGAAAAAAGUAUGACUUCACUUACGAGCAGGCUCGGGAGGCCUGUGCCGCAGAAGGCGCUUCCCUGGCCACGUUCCGGCAGCUCUCGGCAGCACAGCAGAUGGGGUUCCAUCUGUGCUUAGUGGGUUGGCUGGACAAUGGCACAGCCGGAUACCCCACAGCCUACCCCAACCCCAGCUGUGGGUCCAACCACGUGGGCAUUGUGGACUAUGGCUCCCGAAGCAACCUGAGCGAGACCUGGGAUGCAUUCUGCUACCGGGAGAAGGAUCGGACUUGCACCUGCCGUGAGGGGUUUGUGGGAGAUGGGUACUGGUGCAGGGGGAGACUCCCUGAUGUGCUCGCAGACAACGACCGCUUCUCCACCUUCUAUUCCAUGUUGCUCAAUUUUGCCAAUGACACAGAAGAAGGACUGGAUUUUUUCAUGUACUUGUCUGAUGACUCCGCUCCCAAAACUCUGUUUGUCCCUCUGAACUCUGGCUUUGUAGGCAAUGAGACACUGACAGGAGAAGAACUGAAGCUUCAUGUGUCAUCCAGCAAUGUUGUCCUCUUCAGCUACAACCUCACAACAGGCACCAUCAUCCCAUCCCAGUCAGGACAUGACCUCCACAUAUCAGAACUCCCAGUGGGCAACAGUACAGAGCACUCAGACGCCAGAGGGAUCAAUGACACGAUGAUUGUGGAGUGGGACAUCGUGGCUUUCAAUGGCAUCAUUCACGCGAUUGCAGAGCCCCUGAGGAUCCCACCGCCUGUCGUUCACCUCGGCCAGGUGAACGGUGCCGCGCGGGGCUCGGGCUCCGUGGCCACCGGGACGGUGUCAGCGCUGUGCUUCGCCCUGGCGCUGGCCGCUGGGGCCGGCAUCGCCUACCACUGCGUGAGGAGGCGGCGGCAGGAGGGGCAGUUCGGGUAUUUCCAGGCGGAUCUGCGCGCGGACGAGGAGGAGGAGGAGCAGGAGGAGGGGGCGGGGCCGCGGAAGGCGCGCGCGGGGCCACGCGCCGGCAGGCCCCGCCCCCAGCGGCCGCUCGUGGCCAUCCCCAACCCGCUGUACGGCGGCCACGCCCCCGACUACGAACCGCUGCACGACCCGCCCCUGGCGGACUCCAGCACCGACCCCCCCGGGUUCCCGCAGUGACCCCGCACGGACCGGACCGGCCCGCCGCGAAAUAAACAGCUCAGCGCCA